AUGGAGGCAUCCGAGGCAUCCAGCUCAGUGUGCCUCAUCGAGGUGGAUGCCGACGGCGCUGUUGGUACCGGCUUCCUGGGUGUCUUUCCAGCGCUUCUUCCAGGGCUUUUCCUCAUCACCUGCAGCCACGUGCUUCCCAACCAGGCAGCUUGUGCUGGCGCGGUAUGCAGCUUCGAGGCGCACCAAAGCAUCGCUCUGGAUCCUUGCCUCGGCUUUUGGGCACAGCCCGAUGCCGACGUUGCGGUGGUCCGUGUGCAGUCUGGUGCUGGCUCACUUCCGCCACCUCAGGUGCUCGACUUGGACGCUCCCAGCCCUCGGCCCGGCGAGGUGCUGAGUCUGAGCGGUUACUGCCGCCAAGAACUCCGCCACUUCAGCGCCACAUUGGUGAAGAUUGCGGGAGCCCAGUUCCGCGCCGAGGUCCAGGGUCGGCUGCCCGAGUUUGGGGCAUCCGGAGGGCCAGUAAUGACACAUGGCCGCACAGUCGCCCUGCACAUGGGCGUGUACCGCGGAGCAGGCGAGGCUUGCGGCAUCCUGCUGAGCGCUUUGGAUCGCGACGCCCUUCGCGCACUCCGGAGCACCACCUUGCCAAAGCAGGUGAUGAUGACCGGACGGAGGGGCACCAACGACAUUAUCAAUGGGGUCUACCAGGUCGACGGGCAAGAAGUCAACCAAACAGUGUGGGCUUUGGCGACUGGAAAGGGCCGGAGCUUGCUGCUCUACAAAGGCCUUCGCAGCCAGGCUUGGACCAUUGGCAGUCGCCUUGGCGAUGGGCUGCUGAGAAGCGAAGGUGGCUCAGGAGGCAUCCUUGCCCGCCGUGAUAAGGAUGAUGCAGAAGACCCAACGGAGGCUUUUGGAGGAAUUUGGCACGUGGCCAGUGGGGCAGAAGGCCAAUUGCAGCCUGACCGCUGGUUACGCCUGAAGUCGGUCUCAGAGGAGAGCUUUGCGCAGUUGAUGAGCAGCUGGCGGCUUCUGGCAGAGGACGCGGCAGCCAAAGUUGCUGCUGCGGAGAAGGAGGCGCGCCGCGCCUUGUGUUGGAUCCGCUCGUCCAGUGGUCAUGCAGGCUUGGCUUUCAGCUCCAGCUUCGAUGUGACCAGUUCGCUUGGCAAUUUUAAUGCACGGGUACAAGUCACCGCAGCUGACUGCCAGGUUGAGGUGACGGGAUUUCCUGGCUCGCUGUGA